GAUGGCAGGCGUCGGCAGCUGUCCCAGCAAAAAUACUAAAAAGGCAAAUCUGAUGAAUCCUCCUUCGAUCAAACACAUUCUCGACGAAUCCGUCUCUGAGAUUGUCACCAGUCAUGGAUAUGUGGAAGACAUGAGCAGGAGGACUAUAAGAUUGUUUAUAGGAGCCAUCAUCAUAAUCAUCGCUCUCGCCGCUCAGUUCUACCCGAAGAAAUUCCCUGAAAACAGAGAUUUUCUGAUCGGAUGCAUCGUUUUAUAUCCUUUCUUCCUUGUUUUCCUUAUUUCCGUCUGCUUCCCCAGUCGUGUUCCAUAG